AUGUCAACAUGGAUAAAUAAAAAGUUAAUAUCAUUUUCAGAAAAAGUAAUUGAAAAUGUGAUAGAUUCUUUUACUAAUAGAAAUACUCCUAUAGAAAAUAUUCAAAAUAUACAAGGUGUAAGAAAAAUAAUUAGUAAAGUUAUUUCAUCAAAAUAUUUUUUUAAAAAUGAUGAUAUACGCUACGAUGCGAAUAAUUUAGAUUUUAAAUGGUAUUUCAAAAAAAAGAAUAAGAAAAAAGGAAAAUGGAAGAAAAAAAAGAAAAAAAUUGAAGAAAAAACUUUUGGAGAUAUUAAAAAGAAAGAUAACAAUAAAAAAAAAAAUUAUAAUGAUGAUGAAAAAAAUAACAAUUCUAAUGAUAUAAAUUAUUCAAAAAUAGAUGAUUCACAUGUAUCCUCAUCCUUUUUAUUAAAUGUUAAUAAGGAAAAAAAAAAAUAUAAAAAUGGGAAGAGUAUAUUAACGAAGAAAGAUAAUUACCUCAUUGAUUAUAAUAAUGUUUCAAAUAAAUCUUCAAAUAAAAUAGCAUCAUCAAAUUCUAAUAUGGUAUCAUUAUGUUGUUCACCUUCUUUUCAUUCAUCUGAUUGUUCUUCUAAUUCUUCAAGUUCGUCAUCAUAUUCUAAAUCUGAUUCUGUUUCUUCCGAAUUUAAAGUUUCUUCAUCUAAUGUACCAUCUUCUUUUUUAACAUCAAAUUCUGAAAAGAACCUUGCAUAUAUCAAUGAAAAUUCAUCAAACUCUAACCUUUUUGAAGAAAAUAAAGAAAACUAUUAUAUGAGAAAGGAAAGUAGUUUAUGCAAAAUAAAUUUAUUUAUUAAAGAAGCAAAAUUAUUAUUUUUUAACAAAAAUAUAAAUAUUAGUGAUGUAUCUAUAUAUGUAACAACUAUAUUAGAAGAUAGAAAAUAUGUUGGAAAAUUAAGAAAAUUGAGUUCAAGAACACUACCAUUGAAUAAUUUGAUAAUAAAUGAAUAUAUUAAUCAUAAUGUUAAAGAUAUUUUUACAGAUAUUGUAAUAAAUGUAAAAUAUAAAAAUAGAAAAAAAGAAAAAGAAGAUAUAGUUUUAGGAAGAGCUAUUAUACCAUUAUUUUUACUUUUAAAUACUUAUAAAUGCAAAAUUAAAAAAAUUAAAAACAAAAUGAAAUAUUGUAUGAAAUGUUUUCUAUGGCUACACAUAUUUCCAUGUAAUAAUAAAUUAUUUAAUUAUAAAUUUUUUAAACCAGUUGAAGGAUUUGAAGAAUAUGGGAUGUUGAAUCCUUUGUACACAUUGGGUUUUUUAAAUAUUAAAAUUAAAAUAAUUUUUAAAAAAAAUCCUUUUUUUUUAACCUUUUUUAGUAAUAUGAGGAAGCCAAUGUUUUAUUAUAAAUUGCCUCUUCAAUUUGAACCGCUUUAUUGCCAUUAUUAUAGUGAAAAUUUUUAUGUUUAUCUUACUCAUUUACCUCUUUGGUUAUAUAAAUUUUUUUAUAUUUUUAACCACAGAAGAAUUGAAAAGAUACAAUUAAAUUGUUUUGAUUUUAUUUUUAUCCUUCUUUUUUGGUUAUUUUUAUUUCGAUUAGUUGUUUUCUCCCCAUUUUGCCAUUUAUUUAUUCAUAUGUUUUUCUGUAUUUUAUUUGUUUCAUUAUCUUAUAAAUAUGGAAUGAUAGACUACAAUAAAAAUGUUUUUUAUAACUUUCGUCCAAUUAAAGAAACUAAAAAGAAAAGUUCUUAUGAACAAAUUAAAUCAGAAAUUGAAAAUAGGAAUAUUUGCCACAAUGAAAAAAAGAAUGUACAUUUUUAUAAUAAAGAGAGAGAAAUAUCUAUAUCUGGUGUUGAAAUAGAUUCUAAUUAUUGCAAGUAUCCUUGUAAUAUUGAAAAAAUAGAAGAUAGUAAUAAAGAAAGUUUUAACAAUUGUUCUAAAAAUGAAAAUUUGUCAAAUUGUACUUUAAAUAUCUGUGAUUCGAAAAAAUUAUAUUUAUCAAAUAAUAGAAUAAAAAAUGACAUAGAAGAAAAUAAAAUGAGAAGUAUUUCAAAUAUAGAUAAAAUUUAUAAAUUGAGCAAAAAGGAUGAAGUAAAUGAUAAUGAUAAUUAUAGUAGUGCUAAUUAUAAUUACAAAUAUGAUGAUAAUUUAAGUAAUAAUAGUUGUUGCAAUAUAUAUCAUGUAAAUUGUUACAAUGGUGAUUAUAUAAAUUUUAAUAAUAAUAGUAAUUUUUGUUCGGCUGAAGAAAAUAAUUUAAUAAAAGAUUUCAGCAGCACCAAUAAGGAUAAUUUAAAAAUAGAAGAUGAUAUUUACACAAAUGAAGAAAUUAAAUAUAUAAAUAGAUUAAAAUUAAAGGAUGAAAUAAUUAAAAAUAAAACUGAAUCUGUAGAAACUUCAGAUAUAAAAAAAAAAACAAAUAAUAAUAAAAAGAAAAUUUUAAGUUCUAUAGAAGAAAUAAGUAAUAAAAAAGGAAACUUAACAAAUUUUGCAAAAAAGAUACAGAAUAUUAUGUUUGAUAAUAAAGAUAAAAAUAAUUGGAAAAGUUUUAAUAAAAAUAAAAACAUAAAUGGAUUUAUUAGUAUAUUUAACAAAAAAAAUGAAAAAUUACCUCCUUUAUGCACAGAAGAAGAAAAAUACUCAUGUAAAGAAAAAGGCGUAUUUGAAAAUGAAAAGAAUAAAGAAGAAAGAAAUAUCAUAAAAAAUUUUCCAAAAUCAGAUAAGGAUAAAGAGAAGAAAAAUUAUAAAAUAGAUAUAUCUGUUAUUGAUAAUAAUAAAGAAAAUAUAAAUAAUUUAAAAAAUGAAUGCGAAGUUAGUAGAGAAUAUGAAAACGAAAGCAUUUUUAAUUUAUCAUAUAAUGUAUCAGAUCUAAGUAAAUAUGAGAACAAUACAGGAAUUAAUGAUGAAGUGACUCCAAAUUCGGAUUUUGUUAACAAUCCAAUAAAUUCUCAUAAUAAUUGUAAAAAUGAAAAUAAUGAUAAAAAUAAUAUGGUCCAUUCAAAUAAUAUUAGUACCUCAUGUAUUUAUUCAAAUAAUUCUUCAGAAGUUAAAUCACCAAAGAAAAAUUUUCUUUUAGAAGCUUUUAACAAUAAUUGUUCUGCUAAUGAUCAAAAUAAUUUUUUUGAUGUUAAAAAAAAAUAUCCUCAAAUGCCUAUUGUUAAAUCCCCUUUUCAUAAUUUUUAUUUAUGCAUAAAUUCAAUAAAUAAUAAAAAUGUUCCCAUUUUUUCUAAUAAUAUAGAAGUUCCAAAAAUCCAUAUAAUUCUUAAUAGAUUACUUACUUUAGUGACAUUAUCUCAAAAUUUUACUGGAUUAUUUACAAUAAAUUAUGAAAAAAUUAAAUAUGCAUUUAAUUGGGAUUUUGAUUUUUACACAUCAGUAAAUUUACUUAUUUUAUUUCUUAUAUGUUAUAGUUUAUCCUUUGUUUUAUACUUUUUAUCUUUUGUUCCAUUUGUUGUAUUCCGCUUUUUUUUUUUUGUUUUACUUUCCUUUUUGAGCAUAAAAAGUUAUGAUUUUACAGAAAAUGGGCAUAGAGCUAUUAUAUAUUAUAAAAAAAAUAGAAAUAAAGGAAUAAAAAAAAAUUUUUUUAAAAAAUUUAAAAUAAUUAAGAUAAUGAAUAAUAUAUUUAAGAGGAAACAGAAAUCAAAAAAAUAUAUUUUUCUGAAAUUCUUUCUUAAAAUUUAUAAAUUCUUCAAGAAUAUUUCACAGAAAAUUAUUUUGUAUAUUUCAUUUGGGAUUUUUUUUAUUAAAAAUUGGUAUAUGAGAUUAUUAAUUUUAAAAGAUAUUGAUCAUAUGCAUAUAGCUAAAUUACAGGCUUUCAAAAACUUAUACUUUUUUAUACAUAAGCGUAUGAAGAAAACAGGAAAUACAAUAAAAUCAAAUGAGACCAAUAAUAAUAUUAAAUUAAAUGAAACAUCUAACACCAAGAGAAAGAUUUCUAAUGAAGAAAAAACAAAUCAUACUGAUGAACAAGAUAAAAAAUUUAUGAAAUUUCGCAUGUGUGAAAAUUAUAAAAAUAUAGAGGCUUGUAUUUACUCAUCAAGUGAUAAAGAAGCAGUUAGUAAAACGAAUGAAAAUGAAAAUGAAAAUGAAAAUACUGAUGAGGAUAAUGAUUCUUUAAGCCAAAUAACGGAUAAUGGAAGCAUGAAUGUUCAUGUUGAUAUUUUUUUACAUUAUUAUUUUAAAAAAAGAAAAUAUGAUUUAUUCAACAAUUUUAUUAAUAUUAAUAGAAAUCAUAUGUAUAUGUAUAAGGAUAUAAAUUUAUGUUAUUCUAAUGAGGAAGAAAAAAUUAAUCAAUUAAAUUAUAGUGAAUAUUUUAAUAGUGAAAAUAAUUAUUCUAGUUCAUACGAUAUCAAUAAAAAAAAAAAAAUUAAGACAAAUUCUAACUAUUUGUGUAUAUAA